AUGAAUCUGAAGAAGUCUCGGAGUCUCAAUGGACUCGGAAAACAUGAUGCUGAGUCCAGACGGAAGAGGAAGACGGCGGAGAUCACGCAGGCCCUGAACACGACGCCCGUGGAUGUGGCCGCUCUGAGACGCAUGGCCAUCAGUGAAGGAGGACUGCUGAGCGACGAGAUCCGCCGGCUGGUGUGGCCCAGACUGCUCAACGUGUCUGUGGAAAACCUCCCUGAACAGCUAGAGCCGGUUGAUCGAGACAAUAACAAGGACUUCAACCAAGUGCUUCUAGAUGUUCAGAGAUCCCUGAGACGCUUCCCUCCAGGGAUGCCGGACGAGCAGCGGGAAGGCCUUCAGGAAGAGCUGAUCGAUAUUAUUCUGCGGGUGCUGGUGAAAAACCCACAGCUGCACUAUUAUCAGGGAUACCAUGACAUCGUGGUGACCUUCCUGCUGGUGCUGGGGGAACGACUGGCCACUGCCCUGGUGGAGAAACUCUCCACUCACCACCUCAGGGACUUUAUGGACCCCACUAUGGACAACACCAAACACAUCCUGAACUACCUGAUGCCCAUAAUCAAGCGGGUCAACCCUGAAGUGUACGACUGGAUGCAGCAAGCCGAGGUCGGCACCAUUUUCGCUCUCAGCUGGCUCAUCACCUGGUUCGGACACGUGCUGUCAGAUUUCCGGCAUGUGGUUCGGUUGUACGACUUCUUCCUGGCCUGCCAUCCCCUCAUGCCCAUCUACUUUGCUGCUGUGAUCGUGUUGCAUCGAGAGGACGAGGUGUUGGACUGUGAGUGUGACAUGGCCAUGAUGCACCAUCUGCUGUCCCGUAUCCCAGAGGACCUGCCGUACGAGACGCUGAUCAGCCGCGCAGGAGACCUGUUCGUUCAGUUCCCCCCGUCCGAGCUGGCCAGAGAGCGCAGUCACCUGACGGCGGUCUCCUCCUUCAAAGACUUGGAGUUGGCGUCGACGCAGCAGCGUCCGGACACAGUGCUUCGACGGAGACGGAAAGAGCAGCAGAAGCAGCAGGAGCGCCCCCUGGAGGCCCAGCGAGGGAGCGUGGCAGUCGUCCGGCCCACGGCGCGCCGCUUCAUGCGGCUGGCGGUCAUGGGAUUGACCGUGGCGUUAGGGGCGGCCGCUUUAGCCGUGGUAAACUCUGCCCUGGAAUGGGCUCCUAAACUAGCCUUACUCUUCCCGUGAAGGAGCCAAAGCACAGCACUGAAUAUUUGUUACGCUGUAACCAAGUAUUUAUACUGGUUAGACUAAUACAUAAUACAUGUGAUCAUAGUUAUUAUAAUUAAACAAGCCUUUUCCCAUUGAAUGAGGUGCUGAGUCUGAAAUAUUCAGUAAAGCAGAGCGAUCACUUCCUCCAGCAGAUGAAGAAACAGUUUCCUGGAUCUACUGAGGACAAGCAACACAAUCCUGGGGUGGGAUUGGAUGUACAGUGGCUCUAUGUAUACUCCACGUCUCAUACAUGAAACACAAUCUGAGCGGAAUGGAUUUCUCACCAAUGGAUCGUCUGCAGUGAAUGGGUGCCGUCAGAAUGAGAGUCCAAACAGCUGAUCAAAACAUCACAAUAAGCCACACGUAAUCCAGUCCAUCAGAUAAUGUCUUCUGAAGUGAAAAAGCGUCAUGUUUAAAAGAAAGAAAUCUAUCUUUAAGAGAUUUAUAAACUUUAAAAUAUAUGUUCUCUAUCCAUAAUAUUGCUUUCUCAGGUGUAAAUAUUGUCUUGUCUGAAUCAGGAGCAUAAUAUGGAAAAACGUCUCUAAACAAAUAUAUUGGUAGAUUUUGAUGUGGGGGGGCAGCAGGAGAUGCAAAAAGUUAAAAGUAAAAAUUCGAGUGGAUUAUUGUUAUGCAUUUAUCAGCUGUUAGGACUCUCAUUCUGACGGCACCCAUUCACUGCAGAUGAUUCAAUGGUGAUGUAAUGCUACAUUUCUCCAAAUCUGUUCUGAUGAAGAAACAAACUCUUCAACCUCUAAGAGUUAAAUAUCAGCAAAUUUUCAUUUUGGUUGGAACUAUUUCUUUUAAAAUGUAAUGUUUUUUUUUAUAAAUUGUCACAUUGAAUUGAUAUCCACCAUUCAGUAACGAUAAUUUAAAGCUUAUUUUUUAAAUGUACCUAUUAAAGAAGUAUAUUGUUUGUAAAACAAAGUUUUCGUUUUGAAAAAAUUCUCAAAUUUAAGUGAAUGUGACAAUUUACAUAAGAAUGCCUUGACAUCACGUUCAUAAUGAUACAAAAUAACCGAAAUUGUUGUUUUAAAUUGACUGCAACAAUUUAAGAAUCGUGCAUUUCUCAUAAUAAAUUUUUUACAAAAUUGAAUACAACAAUUUAUUAACAAUAGUUAGAAUUUUUGCUUUGAAAUUAAAAUGUAAUGUAAACAGUUUACAUAAGAAUGUUUUAUAAACUACAUAAAAUCAUUAAAGGAGUCUUUGUUUUAAAAUUCAAGCUCAAAAAACAUUUAACGUUUGAAAAAAUAUGUGCGUUUAUGAAGGCUGUCAAGUCCUUUGUAAAACAUUUGACUUUUUGCGAUUAAUUUAUGUUUGAAAUUCACGAACAAAAACAACAUUAAAGAAAAACAACCAUUCCCUCAAAAUCAACAAUUUCACAAAAAUUGCUUUUUCAGAAAUUUGCUCAACUUGUGCUUCAUGAUCGAGACCCCAUGUUCUUUAUUAUGCUUUGCAAACAUUGAAAACCUACAAAUAAAUUGAGACCAAAAUAUUUUUAGAAAACCUGUUUGUAGAAUUCGAUAUUGCGUCUGAUUGGUCCAGGACCCCUGAUGGGCACGAAUCUCAUUUGUUAAGUGUAUGCAGUGAACGAAACAACUUUUUAUUAUGUUCGUAAUUUGCAUGUUAAUGUUUUUUGAAGUUGUUUUUUCUUCCACUACAUUGCAGGGUUUUUUCUCUCUCCGAAUCACCUUAAUUACAGUAUUUUUUUUAUGAUAAGUGCCAGUCCUAGUACAUAACGUGCACUUCUCGUGAAUCUCAAGACAUUGAAUUGAAAGCACUUCUGAAUAACUUCAGCUGAUCAACAGAGUGUGUAAACAAUAGUUUCUCGAACUCUGUGUUGAAUCAUGGCACGUUGUUAUUUUUGUUGUUCAAAUGUUCACAACUGAUCGUUUCCACUAAACCACAUCAAAGUAACAUCAAGUAACAUCCAACACUGCUUGGUUCAAAAAAUAUCCAUGAAUCAAUAUUUUUUGAAAUAACACUCUGCCAUCAACACAACUACUGCUUUUGCUUUUAUUAUGCAUUACUUUUUCACUAAAGAACGCGCUUCUUGCUCAUUUUUUUCACUUUGAGAGAUCGUCUUAAGUCGUCUUUGGUUCUCUCAUGUUAAUGUCACAUUUGACCAUGUUGCUAAAUAUGUUUAAAUAAAAAGAAAAGAUAAAUC